AUGAAAAGGCAGAAUCAAAGCUCUGUGGUUGAAUUCAUCCUCUUGGGCUUUUCUAACUUUCCUGAGCUCCAAGAGCAGCUCUUUGGGGUUUUCUUGGUUGUUUACCUGGCGACCCUGAUAGGAAAUGCCAUCAUCAUAGUCAUCAUCUCCCUGGAACAGAGCCUCCACGUCCCCAUGUACCUGUUCUUCCUGAACUUGUCUGUGGUGGAUGUGAGUUUCAGUGCAGUCAUUAUGCCUCAAAUGCUGGUGGUUCUCUCCACUGAGAAAACGUCAAUUUCAUUUGUGAGUUGUUUUGCACAGAUGUAUUUCAUUCUUUUCUUUGGUGGGGCUGAAUGUUUUCUCCUGGGGGCAAUGGCUUAUGACAGAUUCGCUGCAAUCUGCCAUCCUCUGAGCUACCCAAUGCUUAUGAACAAAAGGGUUUUCAUGAAAUUACUAAUGUUCUCAUGGGUCUCAGGGGUCAUCGUGGCUACUAUGCAGACUACGUGGGUUUUUAGUUUUCCCUUUUGUGGCCCCAGUGAGAUCAACCAUAUCUCUUGUGAGACGCCCCCAGUGCUGGAGCUUGCGUGUGCAGACACAUUUUUGUUUGAAAUCUAUGCAUUCACUGGCACCAUUUUGAUCGUCAUGGCUCCUUUCUUGUUGAUACUCUUGUCUUACAUUCGAAUCCUCUUUGCCAUCCUGCAGAUGCCAUCAACCACUGGGAGGCAAAAGGCCUUUUCCACCUGUGCCUCCCAUCUCACGUCUGUCACCCUCUUCUAUGGCACAGCCAGUCUGACUUACUUACAGCCCAAAUCUGGCUACUCCCCAGAAACCAAGAAACUGAUGUCACUGGCUUACUCACUUCUCACGCCUCUGCUGAAUCCACUGAUCUACACCUUGCGAAACAGUGAGAUGAAAAGAGCUUUGAUGAAAUUCUGGCGAAGAAAAGUAGAUUUGCACACAUUCUGACUGUGCUGGGA